GCCCGUCUUCAGCAACUUCAGUCCGCACACUCCAGCAGCAGAGCGCUGCCAGAGCUGCUUCAGCUGCGUUUUUUCCCAGUCGGAGGAGCAGCACUGGGGAGGAUGUGGAGCGUCUCUGCUGCUGCUGCUGCUGCUGCCGCCGACAGACCUCACUGAAAGUUUUGUUGGUGAACACAGAGAGGAGAGGAGGAAGAGGAGCUGGACGCAGGACGAUGGGACUCUUUGACUAGAUUCUCUCCAGCGCACUAACACCAUGGCUGUGGACGCUGCAUCCAGUUUCAGUUUCUGCAGGCCAGCUGUGGAGUACAGGGCUCUGCCUGAGGACUUUAAGCAGCAGCUGAGUCGACGGACGGGUGGGAACCUAACCUGGCAUGACGGGCGCGGACAGAAAACUGCAGGAGGCAGAACAGUGAAGCUACUGCAGCAGCCGGGCACUGAGGCCCUGCAGUACCGUUCCAGUGACAGUUAUGGGAUCUAUCACACCAGCCCGACACAGCCCAGCCUGAUCCGUCCCGUCGUGCUUUGGUCACAACAAGAUGUUUGUAAAUGGCUCAAGAAACACUGUCCACACAACUACCUAACCUACGUGGAGGCGUUCUCCCAUCACGCCAUCACAGGUCGUGCGUUGCUACGUCUGAAUGGGGAGAAGUUGGAGAGGAUGGGUUUAGUGCAAGAAACACUUCGACAGGAGCUGCUGCAACAGGUGCUGCAGCUGCAGGUGCAGGAGGAGGGACGCAACCUGCAGCUGCUCAGCAGAGGUUCCUUUGGAAAGAUAUCAUAGCUGGAAGACAUGGACACUUUGGAACCAUAGGAUAUAUCAUGAUAUAAACUGAAAUGUGAAUCAGACCUGUGGGAUAAACACAUCCAGCGAGCAGUGGUUUCCAGAAUGAUGCCGUUAAGUGGAAAGUGGCAGCUUUUCAUCCGUUAUCUGCACGAUAAACUGACUUCAUCUUCACAGACUGACUCUGAACUGUGAUGAAAAAGCAUCAUGACAAUCUGUUUUGUCAGUGUAUCACUCUGUGCUGUGAUUAAUUAUUCUUCCUCCCUAUACUGUUUCCUUCCUCUUUCUCGCUCUCUCUUUGAACCUUUUUUUUAAUGUCAGAAAAAUCAUUAAUAAA